AUGACCGGUUGCGGAAGUGGGAUUGGAAGGGUAACCGGUGGUGGAAGUUGGAAUGGGAUUAAGUGGGUCCUACUUGUCUUAUUAACAUUUUACCUAACCAUCAUCUUUUUCGACUUCACACUCAUAAACCUUAAAACAGGGCUCGUCUUUUCACGUCUCCGUCACCGACGACCAUCUAACGGGGUGAAAUUAAUCAUCAAACCGGAAAUGGAUAUGAGUAAUUUGAGGCGUUCUCAUGGUGGAAGUGGCGAUGUUGAUGACUCCUCUCUGCAAUCUGGUGAUUGGAGGACUCAAUUGCGAGCAGCUGCAAGGGAAAGGAUGGUGAACAGGAUAAUGGUUAGAGUGAAGAGGCAUCAUCCAUACUCUGGACAUGAGGAGCUACAAAAACUUAGAAAAACAUCUGCGAGGUUUGAAGAGCAGAUUUACAAUGCUGCAACAAACCGGUUUGAUUAUAUGCGGAGGAUAUCCUUGAAAAUGCUGACAAUUGACACUAGGCCACGAAGACCCAUGCCAUUGUCAUAUGUUGUGCAUUCAAACUAUGGUGCCAUUAAUGGAAACCCCUCAAAUCCAGGAAACCAGGAUAAUGAAUAAACCAAUGGUGGGAAACCACAUGAUGUAUAAUUAUGUAUGUACAAGUAUUUGUUGUGAAAUACCAUUGUAUUUUGUUCAAUGAUGC